UCUAACUUUACACCAGUCAUCAGCAGUAUUGUUCGUCUGCCUCUGAGCGAAGGUGUUGGUCAGUAACCGAGGUCGACGGCUAGGGCCAAGACUGAGAUUUUACCUAGCCUGGGAGUUGGAGUAAUAAGUUCACCUAACCGAUUAACCAGGGGACAAUUUUUAGUGCCUGUGUGGAUUGAGUGCUUCGCUAUACUGUAAAGGACAUAACGAAAAAUACCUGCGUCGCGAGUUAUCGAGGGGAUAUGACGAGUUUUUAUUAAGAAUAUGUGGGAUAACGUCGCAGGAUUUCAAUCGGCCACACGUCAAGUCAGCUGACAUAUUGCGCCCUGCUACGCCACAGCAGCCUUCAAGAAGUUCGUGGUGACGAUAGACACCGUGUCGUGGAACGGCGGAAGGAAAAAAAGUGAGUCGGCUGCGACGAGGAACUAUUAGCAAUCUUGGUUAUCUGACAAGCAGUAACUCGUCGCUAAUACCGGCUCGACGCAAAUAAACUUACUUAGGAUUAUAUAAUAAAAGGAAUAGAAAGAGGGUAGAGGAGUGGGAGAAAAAAAAAGUACUCCAUAUUAAAGUAACAAAAGAAGUGUCAAAUAUGGAACGAGAAUCUAACCCCAUGCAAGCCUUGUGCCGUAGCGGCUGCGGGUUCUACGGAUCUCCUGCUACCGACGGUCUCUGCUCUUUGUGCUACAAAGAAAACCUUAAGAAAAAACAACAGCCACCAGUCUCCGCUGCAUCUCCACCAACCUCCGUACCAACCUCACAAACUGCUUCGAGUAAUGCUGGUACAUUGCAGACAGGAUUUGCAAGUCUUGCGUCAACGGGGACGACUGCACAACCAACCAUUCCCACAAUUCCUCAGCCUACAAACGACCUGCCCAGUCCAAAGGAGGUGAGCAGAGAAGAUCAGGAAGGAGAAGCAGGUGCAAGUAGUGGGGCUGCGGAAGGUUCGGUCAGUAGUGGGGAUGCCGAUGAUAGUUUUGAUGGCAAGGAGAGCGACAAAGAAUCCAAAAAGAAGAAAAAUCGUUGUGCUAUUUGUCGCAAGAAAGUGGGCCUGACCGGAUUUGAGUGCCGCUGUGGAGGAUUAUUUUGCUCCGUGCAUCGAUACAGUGACAAGCACGACUGCAAAUUCGAUUACAGAGAAAUGGGUGCCCAAGAGAUUCGACGUAACAAUCCGGUUGUUGUUGGUGAAAAAGUGCAAAAAAUUUGAACUUCUUAGUGUGUAGUCAUUGGGAAAAUGGUUAUAUAACUAUAUAAACAAACAAAAGAAAAAAUAUAAAACACGGAGAAAACGAGAUAUAAAUUAUCUGGCAGCUGAUUGCACAUCGUGGAAUGAAUGGAAGACAAAAGAACAAAUUCCAAUUUAGAUGAUAGUGCCAUGUCAGAGAUUGUCAUCUAGUGUGAAUUUAUUAUGAGAAAAUAUCUGGUUAUUAACUGCUGCCAGCUUACUACUACUAUUACCUAUUAUUAUCUUUAUGGUUAUUACGAUUUAUCAUUAUUAUUCUAUAUUAUGUUUAUUAAUUUACUUAAAGGCAAAAUUUGUAAAAGAAAAAAAAAAGAAUUCCUUGUAUGUAUUUUAAGUAGAAGCGGAAUUCCUGGUGCAGUCAGUCAGUCAGUCCAAAAUAUCUUAGUUAAUGAACCGAUCGAAACUACAAAAAUUAACACGUAGCGAUUUGUUUCUAUAUUGAAAGGGAAUGUUAUUUAGAUGAUGACUGACGUUGAUGGGUGAUCACAAUUCUAGGUUAAUAUUAGUCUAAUAAUUAUUAAGUAUAUUAGAUGAUUGAUUCAUAAAUAAUGCAAUGAAGUAUAAGUAGUACUGUGUGUUUAUGUCCAAUCUCACAAGAAUAUAACGAGCAUUAUUACUCAUUAAAUAUUGUUUGAAUUUACGUUUUUGAAUAAUUAUUUACACUUCGUUCGCGGAUGCUGCUUCGUUAAAUAUUACAUUAUAGGCGCGAAAUCGAUGUAUGUAUUAUAUACGCGAUCUUAAACAGAUCCGUAGAGUCGUCUGCCUUUUGUCCGGUUAGCACUUGCCGUCAACUGAAGUUUUCUAUAAAAUUGUUGGAAAGAUUGGUGUCCGGCGGUGUUGUGAUUCUUCUCCCUCAUUUUUUCGUUGAAUAUUCUUUUCUCUGUGAAUUUUUCAUUUUUAUUAUUUUAUAUUUAAUUUAUCUUCAAAGCUGUAAGGCAUAUGUAGUCUUGUGCAGCGGUGUGCAAUGUGUAAAACCUGUAGAAAGAUGAGAAGGAGGAACAAGGUAACGAAGAAAACCAUCAUUUAUUACAAGGAAGACUUAUCUAGCUGUGGAAAAUGAAAAAAUCAGUUCAUUAUAUAAUAUCAGCAAAUUUUGUUCUGCAGUAUCACAGCUGUGGAUAAUUUUCUUGGUUUGUGUCGCGUUUUACCAGCCUCAAUUUGGAAAUGCUAUGGCUUACCAGUAUAUUAUACGUUUGUAGCGAUUCAUGUAAUUUUAAUUAAUGUGUUAUCUGCAUUCCAUUACAGCCGCUAUUCUCGUUGGUUGAUCCAAUGUAAAAUCUUUGAGAAUAACGGUACUAAUAGAAUGCUAACAACUUUCAUAGUUUAGUGAACGAAAAUCAUGUUAAACAUUGAGCAUACUAUCGUCGUAGACAAUUGUUUAAUAACCAUUUCUUAUUUCUUUGUAUUAGUUAUUGUAGAAAUGAAAUAUAAUCAUGGUUAGCAAUAAAGUUUCACAGUUAGCAAUUGCGCCAUAAUGACAAUUUCAUUGAGUGAUAACCCAUCGAAACUUUGGCUCUCCAAGGGGGGGUGUAUCUUUACUUAUUCCACUGAACGGUUGGAGAAUUAUGUGGUAUAAAGCUGGUAUAAUAUGACACAACCCAAUUCCGUAGUUGAUUUUUAAAUAGUCAGGAGAGAUUUUCUGUGAAUUUAGACAGCCGAGCCUAGGACAAAGAUAACUUCUUUGAUAAUUUUGAAGAUACCACAUCCCUAAGAAUUAGCAAUAUUGUUCGACUAAAUUUACCAGAUUAACUCUCCCAGCACUCAAGACAAUAUUACCUCGACAUCAAUAUGUCUCACUAUCUUUGUUUUCAACAAUUGGAUUUUAUGGGAUGGAUUAUUCAAUUCUAUAGGCGAAAAAAGUUGUUUGACAGAGUAAAAUACACCAGGUAACCUGACGACAUAAUUGGUAGAGUCGCCUUUUGGCCUUUGUCAUACUUUAGGCAUAGCAUAUUUUUCUAAUAUAUAUCACAAUAUUGGAUAAUCGUGAAACUAAAGACAACUAAUUGACCACACUUCAGCUGUUGUUUAUACUUGGCUGGCUUCAUAAGGACGUAACGACGCUUGUAAUUAUUAAAAUUGAUAUUAGUAUAUCUAAGCAAUUAAAAUUAACAUCAACUUUAAUAUAUUAUACAAUUACCAUACUAUCCUCCAAAAUACUUUAGACUUUAGGUUCGCCUAGGUAAACGGAAUUAGCAUAUUUACACACCCCCAGACGUCCUAACACAGUUCUCAAACAUUUAUAGUUAUAGUCGACUAUAUUUAUGUAUAUUUAAAAACAAAAAUAUAUAUAAAUUCAUCACUCUAA